UUUCGCGCUCUUACUCUUGACAUCCGUCGUUGAGGUGACAACUUCCGGCAAGUUACUCCUGAUUAUGCUGGAUGGGUUCCGCUGGGACUACUUUGAUCUAGGAUUACAGCUUCCAGCUUUUGAGAAGAUAUUUCAUCAGGGCGUUAGGGCAAGGGGACUAACACCGGCCUUUCCUUCCGUGUCUUAUCCUAACCACUACACACUGUUAACAGGCCUAUACGUGGAGUCUCACGGCUUUGUUGGCAAUGAGUGGUAUGACGUCACUACCGGGAAGUACUAUUCCCCUUGGUACAAAGAGCUUACACCGGAAGACAGAUCCUUCAUGUACGCUGAGGCAGAACCACUGUGGGUCAGCGCCGUCAGACAGAACAAGAGGGUACACAUGUUUCACUGGUUCGGAUGCGAGGUCCUGAUUCAAGGGAGACAACCAACGUACUGCGUUGAACAUAACGGUCUCCCAUCCAUCGCUGACCUUCAACGUGACCUUGACGAGAGUCUGCAGCUGUUUCUCAACGACAGUACAGAUCUGGCAGCUGUAUAUCACGAGAAAAUUGACGACCAUGGACAUAGAUACGGCCCCAAUUCAAGCAAGCUGAAUUCGGCAAUUCUCGAAGUAGAUGAAGAAUUUUCUCGAAUGCUCACGAAGUUUGCUGAAACUGGAUUGGAAAACGAAGUUGAUGUGAUGAUAUUCUCUGACCAUGGAAUGACCAGCGUAUCUCCGUCACGUGUUGUCAACGUGAGUGACGUCAUGCCGAUGUCAUGUGUCGACGCCAUUGUCAAUGGAUAUGGUUCUCAAGUGUACAUAUGGUCAAAAGAAGAUUGUCUACAAGAAGUGUACGACGCCUUGAAAGACUACAGUCCUCACUUCACAGCCUUCCUGAAGGACGACAUUCCCGACAGAUGGCGCUUCAAAAAUCACAAACGAAUUCCACCAUUGAUAUUGGUUCCUAAAAUCGGAUGGUACAUUGAAACGCCAAACUUUGGUUUCUUCAACUAUGAUACGGGCCCCAUCAAGGCAGAGCACGGAUACGACCCUGUACAUUCGGAGAUGAGAGGGAUCUUCACAGCAUUUGGACCAAGCUUUGUUCCUGGUGCUACAGCCGACCAGCUUCACAACGUCGACUUGUACCAGAUCAUGUGCCACAUCCUGGAUAUUGAACCUCGUUCUCACAACGGCACGUGGUCACGUGUUCGUCACAUGAUCACGGACGUUUCCGGUUUUCCAUCGUCUUUAGCUGUUGCUGUAUCGACGGCAGUUGCGUGUGUGCUGGUGACCGUGUGUUACUGUUACACCAGUGAUCGCCGACAUUAUUGACAACUUGUACAAUCCACAUGAGGGGACUUGCUUUGUGGCCAUUUCCCAAUACUUACUUAUCAGGAAAAUAGUAACAAUCAACUCUUCCCAUUCGUAAACAUCACUUAUAUUAUUGAUCGGGUGAGGUGAGGUAAAAUUGUGUUUAACGUCGCGUCCAAGAUUAUUGCACUUAUAUAGC